UACAGGAAGCUGGCCGGUGUGUGUGGGGGUCACCCGUCUCCAGUCUGUCUCAGCUCUUCAUCACGGUCCUGUGAUCACAGUCAUCAGCGUAGAUCCCCAACCCGUGCUCUGAGGGGAGAAUGUUCCAGAGUAAAGCUGAGGUCCUGAGAGCCUCCUUCCUGACUUUCCUACUGAGCCUCCCAGGAUCUGCGGACAUCAAAGCGGACCAUGUAGCACUGUAUGACAUAUUUGCACAGACGCAAACGCCGUCGGGUGACUGCAUGUACGAGUUUGACAGCGAUGUGCAGUUCUACGUGGAUCUUGACAGGGAGGAGACGGUCUGGGGCCUGCCAGAGUUCAGCACGGUCUACGGCUUUGACGCCCAGGGGGCUCUGCCCUACAUCUCCCGCCUGAAGAGCAACCUGAGAGCCUUGAUCCAGAGACACAACAUCACCCAGGUCCCCAGUGAGCCUCCCGAGGUGACCGUGUUCCCCAAGAACCCAGUGGAGCUGGGUCAGCCCAACGUCCUCAUCUGCCACAUCGAUAGGUUCUUUCCUCCGGUGCUCAAUGUCACAUGGCUUCAUAACGGGAAGCUGGUCACUGAAGGGACCUCUGAGACCAUCUUUCUGCCCAGCACAGAACUCAGGUUUCACAAGUUCCACUACCUGACCUUUGUGCCCACGGCCGAGGACGUGUAUGAUUGCAGGGUGGAGCACUGGGGCCUGGACCAGCCGAGCCUCACUCACUGGGAAAUGCAGGAGCCACUCCAAGCUGCCGAGACCAUGGAGACUGUGGUCUGUGCCCUGGGCCUGGUAGUGGGCCUGGUGGGCAUCGUCAUUGGCAGUGUGUUCAUCGUAAGAGCUCUGCACUCGGGCCACGACCCCUGGAUCCAAGGACCCCUGUGAGCAACUCUGGAGGUGAUGACUUUCUAAAAAGAACACAGCCUUGGGAAGCUGCCCUGAACUUGUCUCUGCCUCCGUCCUCAGUUGUGAUGUAGGCCCAGCUGUCCUGGAACUCUCUAUGUCCCCAGCUGGUUUUGAACUCUCAGAGGUCUUUGCCUCUCUGAAUGACUUGCUGACCUUAAAGUGCUAUGUAUGCCCUUAGUAUCGCUGUCAGCAAAGCAAAGGCAGCAAGAAGGAGUUGCUGUGAUUCUCAUCAGAUUGGACUCUCUUCCCUGGCCUCCACAGCUCUGGCCUGGACUCCUUUCCCUGGCCUCCACAACUCCGGCCUGGACUCCCUUCCCUGGGCUCCACAGCUCCGGCCUGGACUCCCUUCCCUGGCCUCCACAGCUCUGGCCUGGACUCCUUUCCCUGGCCUCCACAACUCCGGCCUAGACUCCCUUCCCUGGGCUCCACAGCUCCGGCCUGGACUCCCUUCCCUGGGCUCCACAGCUCUGGAUUCCUGCAUGAUCACUUUGCUGUCUCCUUCCAGAGAAUUCCUAAGAACAACUUUUUCUGUUUCUGAACUGGGAGACUCAGCCUUGCUGGAUGGAACAGGCCACUUAUGACAAAUGUCUCCUAACAGUGUGGCUUCAAAUGACGCCAUGGGAGCAGUUACCAAGGGUUCUGUCCUCGCUUUGGGGGAGAGUUUCAGAGUUUGGAUUGUUCCUGGAGAGGGGACAACAGUGAACUGGGAUGAAUAUUCAUUUGGAUGUAGUUUGAGGACUACAGUGUUUGCCGGCAUUGUUUGAGCCCCUGAGGGAAGAGAUUGGCCCUGCCUCUUGUUUGACUGUAAUAAAAUGCCUUUUGGUAAA